GUGCUCGCCGCUAGCGCCGCCUGGACUGAGAUCCAAUUUUUUGUGAUGUGUCCUUAAUUAUUCAAACAAAACUUCAAAAAAAACAGAAUUUUGGGUUCCAGAAUUUUACAUUUAUUUUUGCAUCUUAUUACAUUUUGAAAUAUAAAACAAAAUAUUUUGAUAUUAUUCAGGUAAAAUUCAUUUUUAAAUUAUGAAGAACAAUAUCAUUAUAUAGCCUUUAUAGGGGAAGCAGCAGAUCAGACACGACGGAAUGUAGAGCUAGCUCUCGAUCUCGCUAGCUCUCUCCAGCUCCCAGGCCCAGCAGCCAAUAUAUAUCGGCUCGACCGUCUAGCUGUGACGACUGUGACAUGCAGGCGCUAGGCACUGGCACUGCAAUGCCAAAGGCUAAGCUAUUUAAAGUCACGAGCUAGCUGACUUUCGUUAGAAAGAUCUGAGUUAAUGGUGAUUCAAAUCAUGGAUUGUAAUGCAUACAUUUAUUUGAGUGUCAAAUUAGAGUUUGAAAGCUCACCACCAGUUAUCGAGGAGAGGAUGUUUGAGGUAAUUGUGAGUUUGGCAUUAAAGCAACUUCAUGGUGACGUUGGAGUGGCAAUUCUGGUAGAUCUUUUGAUGUACGAUCCUGAAAAUAUUCAGGGAAUCCUUAAAGUUCGUCAGAGUGAUUUGGUCAAGCUCUGGAGUGCCUUGACACUUUAUGGAUGUUUUGAAGACCAGAGAUGUGCUUUCAUUGCACGAAAGGAGUCCACUGAUUUCAUCCCUCUGUUGGACAGCAGCAAGCACAGCAUAUCAGAACUCAGUGGAUGUGGAUGAGAGGACUUGUGAGAAAAGAUGUCUGAGAAAUCAACUCACCAGAGACGAGUAGUGGAAAUAUAAGCUUGGUAACAAGUGGAAGCUACAGCACACCUUGCGAAUGGACUGCAACUCGACUUUGGAUAGUCAUACUAUUUGAUAUGUGAACAUUAAAACAUAACACAAUCAAAACUUAUGAUUCGUCAUGUCGAAUUCCUGGCUACAUUUUCUGAAAAUACAAGCAAAUAAAAUAAUCCAAGUUUUAUAAUAAGUAAAGACAGUAGCAUACGCAGGGGAUGGGUACAGGGGUUCAAUCCCCCCCCCCCCCAAAUAAAAAACAAUUAUGAAACAACCUACAAUUGUUGGUGAAGACUUUUUUUCUUUUGUCAACAUUUCAUUUAGCUUGAAACCCCCCCCCCCCCUUUCAAAAAUCCUGCGUAUGCUACUGAGGAAUUAAAUUCAUAAUCACAGUGACAUCAUAACAAUUGUAUAAUUGACUGAUUUUAGGCUGAUUUGACCUUUUAUCCAAUGUAUAUAAUAUUAUAUUUUUAACCUCAGAUUAUUCUGUUUGCUUAUAUUUUCUGGAAAUUUGCAAACAUCACUUGUUAUUAAAGGGGAAUCCAACCCAAUUAGAAACUUGUUUUUAUAAGGAAAAGAAAAAUCAGACAAGUUGAUAGGUGCAAGUUUGAACAAUAUUGGACAAACAACAAGAAAGUUAUGAAUUUUCAAAAGUUGUAAAUAUUGGUAAUCACUAUACCCAUGGAGACUUCAAAUUGGCCGCAUAUGGGAUGUCAUAGUGAUGUAAGGCAAGGACUACUCUUCCAUGUACUCCAAUACAUAUUAUGGGUAAAAUGUCAUUUUUCCCAAAAGUUUUAUUUCAAAUGAUAUUUUUCUUUCAUGAGGACAUAAAACAAUAUACUACCUGGGUUAUAUUUAGAUUACUGCCCAAGGGGAAUGGGUACUUAGGAGAAAACCACAAAUCCCUGAUAAUAAAGUACAUGGCCUAUGGGAAAGUUGUCCUUGCCCCUUGUCAUAAUUUACUUACCCAGUUGCCAAUUUGAAAUCUACAUAGUAUUAGUGAUCUCAAUUUUAAAGCAGCUAUAACUUUCUUAUUACUUGUCCGAUUUCUUUCAAACUUUCACCAUUCUGUUUGAUUUAUUUUUCUCAUUCCCAACACAAUAUUUUAUGGCCAAGGCUGGAUUCCCCUUUAAUAAGGAUUGCAUCAUGGCCAAUCGUAUGGUUGAGCAAGUGCAUACGUGCACAUUAAUUACUUUGGAUUGUACACCUACCUAUGAAAAGGCAAUCUGUCUCAAAUAUUCUAGACAAGGGACCAAUGCAUAAAGUGCAUGGUGGUAUGAGGAGAGAAGUGAAGUAAACUGCAAAGAUAUUUUCAACAACAAAAAGAGAAUCAUUGUCAAUGCCCAUGAUGCAGCAUUGUAUUUUGAACUAAACGUAAAAUCGAACCCAUGGGCUUGUCCUGCAUAUUAUAUAACGAUCUUUUAAGUGCUCAGUCAGCUUCUAACAUGAAUACGCAUAACUUGUUAAGCUCAGAACUAUCAGGAAUACAUGUACAGUAAAAGUCAAUUAAAUAUUGAAUACAAUAUUUGCGUCCCAAAGAGAAAUCUCUAAAUAUUGGAAUUGUGGAAGCAAGAUUUUAAAAAUCAUUUUAGAUUCUCAGAAUGCAUCAAAUCAAUAUUCUUUAGUCUGUAACUAGUGUAAGAGUGAACUAAGUCUGUGUUAUGUCAAGGUGUUUACCUCUCAGACUUGAAAAUCAAUUCUUUGUGCAGUAUGAUUAGAAUAUGUAAGAUACGUGGUAAUUAUAAAGCUUACUAUGAUCAAGGGAUUCUGCCCGAUAUUAUUGCACCAGAGGAGCUGUUGCUUCCUAGACCUGGCCAUACAAUUUUCAUUUGCAUCAAGUACAUUUUAAGACAUAAAUACAGAAAUCAAGGGAAAUUUAAUUUAUUUCACUAUUCAGUAGAGAAAAAAUUGUAAAUAUUUGCAUACAGUGCAUUUCACAUACGGUAAUUAAUCAUUCAUCACAAUGCUUGAAUGAGAAUAUCAGGGUAAAUUGUCAUUAAUUGGUUACUGUUCUUUCUCUUCCAAUGUGCGAAUAAAAUGCAAAGCCAAAACCAACUGGCAAGAACACUUUUUUCUUCAGGGAGUACUAUAAGGCAGAAAAAUACCCCUUGGUCUAAUUUUUCAUUCUUGGGGUCAUGCUUUGGUGUUGUUUGUGAUUAAAUUGAAAUUCGACACUUUGUUUGCUUGUUAUGACUGUACAUGAGUAUGCCAAUAUGCAGAUGUGCCUGGUGUACAUACCAUUUAAGUGAACUUUUACAUACAGUACAUGGAAUUUGACCUCAUGUAAGUCAAUACCAUUGCAAGAUUAACCUUUUCAAUAUAUUUUUAGAGAUGGAAAAAUCAAAUGAUUUAUUUAUAUUUUGUUAGUCAUGUCAAAACAUUGGGGCUUUUUCCCCUGAAUUUUGAAUAAAACUAUGCACAAAAAUGCCAGAGGAAAGUUUUCUCUAAUAAUAAUUCUUUCAGAUUAACAAUGAUUUUUAUGAUAACUACCUAACAGAAAAUAGAUACUAUUUAUAUUCAAACUGAUAAACUUCUGGGUUGAGUGGCAUGUUUGCCCCAUUUGAAGUGGGAAAAAAAACAUUUCAACCAUUGAAUGUACAAAUUAAAACAAGACUGUUUUGAUAAGUAGACCCCUAUUGGAAGAAAUUAUAUUCUUAUUUGGGAAAAGACAUGCAUAAGGAAUAAACCACCUUUAUGUGAAAUAGGUGUUGUAUUUCAAACUUCCCGAUUGGUUGUGCAAAUGUUGUUAAGUGCUAUCUCGACUGUAGGAUAGCAACUAAAGUGUACUGUAAAAUCUUUGUUUCUUUGUCACUAUUAUUUUAAACUUACAACACACUUGCUCUGUCAUGUGUCAAAGUCAAUGCAGCGAAAGAUUUUUUCUUCAGAUGCUGUACAGUGGACACUCGCCGAAAGGCUCAUGCACUGUGCAGCACCUACCAAAAAAAAACCCCUUGUAUGUGAUAUAUUUCCACUAACACAUUGUGCUCUGUGCAUUAGUUGUUGAAAACAGUCAUUUAUUUCUUAAACAGAAUAGGAGGCACAUCCUGUAUCGGUCAUUUCUAAUCUGUGAUGUGAAUAUUAAAGAUCUCAUUUACAGUA